AAGAAAUGCUUUCCCUUCACUCUUGCGGAUGUUGCCGUGUUUUAACAUCGAUAGCAUUCCGAUUACAAACCUCACCUUCUCCUUCACUCUUUCUCUCUGCUCCUACAAACUAUAAAUCUCGUUUUGGCACCGCGAACGCUUGUUCUGGUUUCGCUGGCGACUCAGACUCCGAUGAAGAGCAAAAAUUGAAUUUCUCCGGUGUGCGAUUGGAGGAGACUGUCGAUAGUAGAAUCGGAUCUGGAAAAGUUAGACUCGAUAAUUGGAUCUCUUCUCGCAUCAACGGCAUCAGUAGGGCGCGUGUGCAAUCAAGUAUCAAAGCGGGACUCGUUCAUGUCAAUGGCCGUGUGGUUGAUAAGGUUUCUUUCAAUGUCAAAGUUGGGGAUGAGAUCAAGUGCACAAUCGCAGAGUUGCAGAAGUUGAGGGCAGUGCCAGAAAAUAUCCCUUUGGAUAUAGUUUAUGAAGAUGAUCACGUGCUAGUCAUAAAUAAACCUGCACACAUGGUUGUGCAUCCAGCACCUGGCAAUACAUCUGGGACGCUUGUCAAUGGCAUUCUUCACCAUUGCAACCUUCCAAAUUUUGAACUUUCUAAAGAGGAAGCUCUUUCAGAUAGAGAAGAUUCUGAUGAUGAUUUUGUUGGCCACUGCUCUGAGGCAAGUUCUAGUGAACAGUUACAUUCUAGACUUUCUGUGGCAUCAGUUCGCCCAGGAAUUGUACACAGAUUGGACAAAGGCACUAGCGGGUUACUCGUUGUUGCAAAGGAUGAACAUUCACAUAUGAAAUUGUCAGAACAAUUCAAGCAGCGUACCAUCAAGAGGGUCUAUGUUAGUCUUACUGCUGGGGUACCCACUCCUGUCGCUGGGCGUGUAGAGGUUCCAGUUGGCCGUGAUCUUAAUAACCGGAUUCGCAUGACUGCUGUAGCUGGACCAGUUAAUUCUAGAAAGGCCCGCCAUGCUGCUAGUAGGUACAAAGUAAUUGAGAUACUUGCUGGGGGCAGUUGUUCAUUGGUUGAGUGGAAGUUGGAAACUGGACGCACACAUCAGAUCCGUGCGCAUGCUAGGUAUUUGGGGGUUCCUCUGCUUGGUGAUGAGGUGUACGGAGGGACGAAAAGCAUGGUCUUGUCACUGCUACGACCUCGAACAACCCUGAGUUCGCAUAGCAAAAUUGUGAAAAUGAUUUCUAGGCUAGAUAGGCCUUGCCUUCAUGCUUUGACUCUUGGGUUUCAGCAUCCCCAUACAGGGGAGCAGGUUCACUUUUCAUGCGAACCCCCUGCAGACUUCGACGAAAUUUUGAGCCAGCUACGGGAAAUUGGUAGUGAGAAGGUUUCUUUUUCCAACCGUUCGAAUUUAUGACGAGGGAGUGAUAUUCAUAUUUAGUUAGCAGGUUUCGAUUUCUUUUCAAAUUAAUUCGCUAUGCAUCUUUUUUCCAUACCUAUUAUCAAAUAAAGUAAAAUGUUAACAUUUGAGGGUUGAUUUUAAUUA